UAUGGUAUAAGUUCUAUUAAGUAUUAUAAAGAAAAUGAGGACCUUCCCAGAACUUGAUUAUGUUGGAAAUUGAAUGUUCGUUUUUUUUCCUGCCUCUGUACAUACCUGAAAGUUAUUGAAACCCGAUUACUUUAAUUACAUGCCUCUUAUUUAAAUCCAAAUUGUCCUGGAUUGAGGCCGCUAAUAUGUCGUCUGGUGUAUCAUUAGAUGACAUCUCCUUUUAUCCCUACGACCCAUCGGAGGCCGUGGCUGGAGUAUGCCUCGCCCUAUUCGGGAUAACUCUUGUUUGGUCUUCUGUUUUGACUAUUCGAAAAAGAGCUUGGGCGUGGACAGUACAGCUGCUAGCGAUACUCAUGGAAGUAGUUGGAUAUGCAGUUCGAAUUGCGUCUGCUGGCAAUCCUACUAACCUGAACUUAUACGCGAUACAAUUCUGCGUAAUCAUUCUCGCCCCUGUUCUCAUGGCCGGAGUCAUAUAUGUCGUCUUUGGCCGUAUCGUUUUUCAUGUUGUCCCCGCCCAAGAAAGGACGACAAGACUCUUCUGGAUUCCGCCUCGGUGGAUCACGCCCAUUUUCGUCACCUUCGACGUGAUCUCUCUCCUUGUUCAGCUCGUUGGCGCCGUUUCCGUCUCGAGUACUGAAGUGACAGACGAGGACGCCGAGGACAAAAUAAAUAUGGGAAAGAAUGUCGCACUUAUAGGCCUCGCUAUACAAAUCGCAGCGUUUGGGCUUUUCACAGUAAUUGCCGCUCGCUUUCAUUUUACUUCGCAACGAUUCGAGGCGAGUCUUUUGUCGAAGCUUGAGACAACUGACGGAGGAAAGUCGGUCUUGGUCAAAGGGUUGUCACGAAAGAUAAACCGAAACUGGAGACACCUCCUAUAUGCAGUCAACGCAUCUUGUAUUUUGAUUCUAAUCCGGUCUGUAUUCCGUGUAGUCGAAUUCGCCGAAGGCUCAAACAGCUCCAUAUCGCAGCAUGAGUAUUUCAUGUACGUCUUGGACACAUUGCCCGUGUUCCUAGUUGUAUGUAGCUUCUGCUUCCUCUUCCCUGGGUCAUAUCUCCCGUUCAUGGGCUUUAGAAUCCCUAAACAACCAGUCGACAUUGGGGAAGCGUCGAGCGAUGAGGGCUCGGCUAUCGAGUUACAAGGAACAUAGACAUAAUAGACGGGUUAUGGUAGCUUGUCUUCCAGUUAACUUAUCUUUUCUUUUGCUUCUUCUAUAUCCAACCCUGCUAGGGUCAAGUCAUGCAAUAUUGCCAAGGCAUAUGAUUGCAAUUCAAUACAAAACCCAGUUAUUGGUUAAAUAAAAGGGUUACUGUCCAGGCGCUCAUCAUAGAAAGGAGGUGCACAUAUUCACCAAACUAGGUAGCUGAAUAUGUGGAUAUUUCUGAUACGGAUUUGAUGGCAGCUAGCCAUUAAACUGUCGUCAUCAACACGAGCACCUAGAAUACAAG